GCCAGGCUUCGAACUGGGCUGGGGGUUUGCUUCUUGGCUCUGCCUCACAGCAAGGGCCAGCCUCCUCCACCUGCCAGACGGGACCCUCAGGGGCUGCCGCUUUCCCGGGGAGGAUGGGACUGCCUAGGAGAGUAGGGGAUGCGGCAGAGCUGCGCAAGAGCCUGAAGCCGCUGCUGGAGAAGCGCCGGCGCGCGCGGAUCAACCAGAGCCUGAGCCAGCUCAAGGGCCUGGUCCUACCCCUGCUGGGCGCGGAGACGUCCAACUACUCGAAGCUGGAGAAGGCAGACAUCCUGGAAAUGACCGUGCGCUUCCUGCAGGAGCAGCCUGCGUCCUCCUGCCCCGCUGUAGGGGCUGAGCCCUUGGACAGCUACCUGGAGGGCUACCGCGCCUGUCUGGCGCGCCUCGCACGCGUACUGCCAGCCUGCACCAUCCUGGAGCCUGCGGUGAGCGCGCGCCUGUUGGAGCACCUGCGGCGGAGGACCGCCAGCACCACCUGUGACGGCUGGCGCGCUGGGGACUCAGUUGACGGGUCCUCACAGAUGCCACCACCUGCGCCGGCUCCUGUGCCCUCACCGCCUGUGCCUCCUGGCAGCCCUGGCCUCUGGAGGCCUUGGUAGCCCCCUGGCUGGUCCACACACUCUGCUGGUUAGCAGGAACCUGGACGGCCUACCUGACCAAGGAAGCUCUCGGGGGUGACUGCGGCUCUCUCACUGCCUUCGGAUACAGUCUAGCAACCACACCCAGGCAGAACCGGAUGCUGAGACUCUUGUGGGUGACUGAAGGCCUCAAGGACUCAGCUGGCCAGAUAAGGGAGCUGCUCUGCCUCACCCCAGGUUUGGAGUGUCUGGGCAGGAGGAGAAACACCAAGUGUCUGCAGCGUGAGGAAGAAACCCGGACCCAACUUGUAGAAGAGGUUCUGGUACUCGGCCAACCAAAGCUGCCUGGCAGCAGAUCAAGGUCUGGUCCUGGAGCUCACCUGGGCCAGGGGUAGCCACCUGCUCUGAUGGGUCACUGCCUUUCCAGCCACACCUGGAUGUACUUCCUGCCUGGCUGGGCCUGGGAACCUCCAGGCACACAGAGCAAAGACUUGGGGGGCUUUGACCACUCCCAAGGCUCUGCAGAACACUAGGACAGAGGAUAUGUAGGGCUAGGCAACUAUCUCCUGUGUUCCUAGGCUGCCCAAAGAUCUGUGCUGCCUGCUGUGGGAGCUUCGUUAUGUGGCCCUCCAAGUGCCAUUUCUCCCACACACCGGGCCAGGUGCUCUUGAGGUGUGAGGAAAGGGUGGGGAAGAAUUAGGCUGCCCUGUGGCCUCAAGGAAGUUCAUUACUUUGGAGGAUCUGAGCAGAGAUGGAGCCAGUGUUGAGCAUGGAAUGGCAGGAAUUCAGGAGAUAUCAACAGAUUAAGUAACAAGAACCGCCUUGUCUGGCUUUCUCCUGUAAACCACUCCCUGAACUCAGACAGACAGGGUUACUAGAAGCUACUUGUUCUGGAGCUAUUUCUUCCCCCCAUAGAAGCCAGGAGGCCUUCGAAGACUCUGGGAAGCUGGGAGAAUUUGUGAACCGCUGUGGGUUCAAGUCCCAUUGUUACCUGGGGCUUUGCUGAGUAUUGCAGGACGGUUAUGAUUUCUGCCUAGCACCCUGUACUGGGAACCAAUACAUUAAGCCCAAGAAGACAGAUUGAUCAGGGAAGGGACAGUCACUGAAUUAGCUCUGCCAUGCAAACGCAUGAUGAUCUGGGCACUGAUUUGAGUGGCAGGGGGUAGGGGAAGUUGGAGGCAUUAUUGAAGAAAGAAAAGCACAUCAGGCUCCCGGCCAGGCUGUGCUAGGCCCAGCUGACUAGACUGUAAGCCCCUGGAGGGCAGGGCUAGAACAGAAUGUACUUCCAUGUCCCUGAGAUACUGGGUACACAGUGGUGUCAAAAUGUUUAAUAAACAUGGUGGGUUAAUGAAGAGAUGAUGUAAUUAGCCCACAUAGUGCUGAACAUUGGA